AUGAACUCAAAGUCAAAACCUAAAAAACCCACACCGAUUAGGGUUUUCGGACAACGAUCCAUCACUUCAACAUUCCGUUCUCUCCCUUCAAAUCCCUCUCAUGAUUCCGAAGCAACUUCGAGAAAUCAAGCUUCGCGUAAGAGCGAGUUUUCUCGUUUAUCGCUUUCUCACUUCCUCGAUCGUAAACUGCAUAGCUCUUCAACAGUCCCUCAAAAAGUUCCGGGGAAAUUGACGCCUUUUCAAUCACCUUUGGGUUUGAGAAUACCGUCGAGUGAGCAAGUUGGAAGUGUCAAACAAACUGAUGAAGAGAGAAAGUGUGCAACUGCUGAUGAGAAGUUGAUUUUGGGAAUGUUUAAGCAUACUGAAAAAGAGGGAAAAUGCGACUUUGUUCUUCCAUUAGAUGUUGAUGAGUUAGAAAAUUCAGUAGCAAAUGAUCGUCAAGAAUCUAGGAAAAGGAAAAAUCUAUUUGAAGGUGUAAAUGAGAACCAAACUGUUCGAAAGCAUGUGGUAGUUCUUGGAGGUGAAUCAAAGUUGAAGCCAAGAAAGCAGAUGAAAAAUGACUUCGAUGGCAAAAAGGAAAAACCAUACAAUCACUAUGCAAAUGGCCGUGGCUGGUGGGACUAUGACAUGGAAGGUGUUGAUAAUGAGGCCUUGGGGGUCAGUGAAGUAUGGGAGGGAGUGGGAUCUACCACACUUGGAGGUAUAGCUGACUGGCAUUGA